UUGGAACCCUGGCUUUGACAGUGUGACUCUGAGUUUCUUGAGAUGUGCUGUCAUUUUCACUUUGAAAUGUAUCUCACUGCUAUCCUGUCAAUAACUUUGAGUUUAAUGUAUUCUCCUUCCUUCUUAUCUCCUAAGUCCUCAGUUGAAGGUUUUGCCUCCUGAUCAGACCUGGUUAUGGCGGAUUCACCCAGGGGUCCCCACACCACAGUGGCUUCCAGCAAGCAGAACCACACUCUGAGGUUUAUAAAUCCAUCUCUUCUCCUUCAACAAGGUCUUGCUGUGUAGCCCAGGCUGGCCUCAUAGUCCAGGCUGUCAGAGUACCAGGGUUACACUGGGAUGACAGGCAUGUGUUAUCACUCGUGGACUCAGUGAGAACUCAUCAGUUCUCAUAUAUCCCGGAUUGACUCUAAACAUGAUAUUAGGCAGGACGAUCGAUGAUAAAACUGGGAUAGGUUUGCCAUCACUUCCCAAGUGCUGGGAAUUCUUGUGUGUGUCAUCACAUCCAGUUUUAAUUGGUGCUAGGGAUCAAGCCCAGGGAUUCAUACUUGCUUAGGCAAGCAGUGUAGCCAGCAAGCUCUACCCUGACUCCUUAUUUAAGGACCUUAAUAGACUUCAUUUUCAGGGUCCUGAGAAUACUUUAGACAUAAGGCUAUGGAUCCAGUUUAGUGGUACAAUGUUGCCUAGUGUGUAUGAGGCCAUGGCUUUAGUUUCCAGUCCUACAAAACAAACAAAACGUUUGGGAUACAGAAUGUUUGGCCAUAACCAUGCUCUCCAAGGAAACCCAGAGAGUGAGGUUAACCCUGGAGAGGUGAGAGAUGAAUGACCCAUGCUCUUGAAGAGCAAAGGCUAGGAAGAUAUGCCUUUUUUUUUUAAAUACACACACACACACACACACACACACACACACACACACGCCAAGCUUACCCUAUAGCUGUCAGCAGGUUUCCCACCCUUGGGAGACUUGACUGUCAUGGGAAUAUCUCAGACAGGAUAGGAACACACUAACUCAUCAAUCAGGUCAUUGAAGUUCCUUGUGAGGAAGCAAUUUGUGUAUAUAAGAAACUGGACCAUGGGGUUGGGGAUUUAGCUCAGUGGUAGAGCGCUUGCCUAGCAUGCGCAAGGCCCUGGGUUCGGUCCCCAGCUCCAAAAAAAAAAAAAAAAAAAAAAAAAAAAAAAAAAAAAAAAAAAAAAAGAAACUGGACCAAACAUUUGUCAGGCUGUUUGGUUUCUCAUGGGGAAAGGUCAUUUAACUCCCAUUUCCAUAAGGAGAAAGUUCAGUUCCUUGAGGGUGGGACUACUUUCCCAAGGCCACUCAGCUGCCUGGUGAUCUAAGUAGACCAACUUUUCCUUCUUUUCUCUGCCCUUCUUUACUGCUGCUCUUGCAGAGUGAGGGUGGGGCCUUGAGUUCAGAUCCCAGCUCUGCCCUGAUCCUGUGACCCUCAUCCCUUUACUGAAGAUAAAGGCUGAAGGAACUGAGGGCUGAAUUCAUGUCCACUCUUCCUUCUAGUUAGGCCUUUUAAUGAUCUACAUAGUUCAAAAAACUUUAUUUUUGAGACUGUCUCACUGUGUGUUUCAGGCUGCCCUUGGAUUCAGAAAGUCCCUGCUUUAGCCUCCUGAGUGCUGGGCUUCCAGACAUGUCCCACCACUGUCAAGAGACUCCCCUGUGGUUCUGGGUGACUUUACAAGGACAUUGCUUAAAGUUCCAAGGCACAGGAAGGAUUCAGGGCCUCAAAGAACCCUUCCUGGCUCUAAACAUUUUGAAAAUGAUGCUCCUAACUUUCCUGGUGUCCCAGUUGUGAGAGCAGUUUUCUGUUGCUGUGGUAACCACACUUCAGUAGCCCUGUCAGGAAAUAUGAUGGCACUUCUGUUUAAUCUUGUUCUACAGUCAUGAAGUAAGGACACAGCUCCUUUCACAGAAUCCUACAAAGCGUAUGGCCUGUAAUGGUUCUCCUCACUCUGAUGUCUCAGGACCUGCAGAAGAGUACAACUUCCUUUUCUGGCAUCACCCAUUUCCAUGUGUACCCACACAACUAGCUUAAUAAGCCUUGAGAAAGAUAAACAUUAUUAUUAUUACUUUUUAAAGAGGGUCUCAUGUAAUUUAGAAUGGUCUCCAAUCCUGCUCUCUACCUGAAGAUGACCCCGAAUAACUCCUGAUAUCCUGCCUUUACCUUGUAGACAGCAUAGCAGAUUACAGCACAGGCCACCAUGCACAACUGCCCCCUGUCACAUUGAUCAUUGUGCUCCGACAUUAGGGACAUAGCACUGAGCAGAUCCCAGACACUGCACGUCAGUCAUACUGUGCUUCCCUGGUCCAUUCUCUUUGACAACUAUGCCUCUGUAGCGUUUGUCCACAGACUUCUUCCCUUCCACUGUUUUCCUUUUCACUCAGAAGCAGAAAUCAUCAGAAUACAACUUCCAUCCUCCCCAAGGCCCACCUAACUCUUCCCUAGCUCCUGCCCUGUCUCCCUCCACUCAUCCUUCCUGUUCCACUGUGGCUGCCCACCUACCCCAGCGCUGCACUCCCUCCUGUUUCCUUCUCUCUGUUUCCUCAAGGACAGUGCCACAGGAAAGUUUCCUGCUCUUUGUGCUGUCAGUUUUGCCUGAAGUCCCUCUGGCACCCAGGUUAUUAUUUUCUUUCAUUAAAUAAAAGUGCCUUCUCUAGAUUCCGAUUUCCUCUUGCCUCUAGCUAGUUUCUUUUUAUCCUUUUCUGUCCAUAGACUUUUUCAUCCUCUUAAAGUCGACCAUUUGAGUAGGUUGCUUGCACUCAGUGCCUGGUGUCCCCUCUCACUGGAGUGGCUUAGGCUGCAUGCUCCAUGUACUUAUCUAUAGUUAUACUUUAUCCAUAGGAUGAGGCUUCUAUCAACAGCUCCCACCUCAUCAGAAGCUCUUUAUCCAGCCAGUGUUUUGGGCCUCAGUUGGGGUCUUUCAAACAUAGUGGGUAUUUUAGAUACAGCUUGUCUAGCAGGGAAGCCACAGUCUCUGCUAAUGCCUUGGCUUGUCGCCUACACUGUUCCUUCGGGGAAGUCAUUGUAGGAUCCUUUAUUAUUUUUUUUAAAGAAUUAUUUAUUUACUUUAUGUAUAUGAGUACACCAUAGUUGUCUUUCAGACAUACCAGAAGAGGGCAUCGGAUCCCAUCACAGAUGGUUGUGAGCCACCAUUGUUGCUGGGAAUCAAACUCAGGGUCUCUGGAAGAGCAGUCAGUGCUCUUAUCAGCUGAGCCAUCUCUCCAGCCCCUCAUUGCAGCAUUUUCACACCCCCUUUUAGCUUAGACUCUGUUUAGCAUCUUCCCAGCCUUGUCAUCCUUGGCACUGUCACCAAGGCCUGCCUUCCUUCCUCCCUUCCUCCCUCCCUCCCUUAAGGCAUUUAUCCCUUACUGUUUGCUGUAGCCUCACAGUGUAUAUUCUAUUUAUUUCAUUCUUUUUUUCCUCGCCUACUGGAUUAUUUCUCAACGCCAAGGACCACUGGCUAGUCCACUACCCAUUUUCAGGGCCCAGGGCACAGCUCUGGGCAUCUUUUGGCUUAAAUUCAUUGUAAAUCUUCCAGAAAGCAUUUCUAAAGCCCACUAUCGAUCUCACUCUCAUGCUUUCUCUUAACCUGUAUUUAUUAUCUAUGUCUGAGUGAAGGCCAUGUAAUCCGUGUCACAGAGGCUAGAGAGGGUUUUACAUUCACAGUGUAGCUCUGUUUGGAACCUUGUUGGCCUAUUGCCUUCUUGUAAAUCAGCAAAUCAAAGGGGCCAGUCAAGUGGGGAUGUGAUGAUGUCAGCAUUCGGUGACUUCGUUAUUUAUGUUGUAGAGUCAUUUUUUGAAGAUCUGAAUCUGUCUGUGGUGCAGUUGGCCACUGCUUUCAUACUCCUUGCUUCAGUUCUGCCUCUCUUGUUUGGAUAAUGAAGUCUGCAGUGUUCCAAAUGUGAGCUCAUUUAGAUUCUACAGUGAAAAGCUAGGGUGUUUGACAGCUUACUUAAUCCAAGUCAUUAAUUAUAUUGUCUAAAUGUAACUGUUCAAUGUUUUACUAAAGUCCUUUGAAUCCACGUUCUGUUUGCAUUAGCAGUCAAGGGACAGAGCCCUGAUUUUGACCAGUUUGCCAGGUUGUCCAGGCUGAUCUGAAUUCCUUGUAUAGCGUAGGCAAGCCUGAACCAUGUGGCAGUCCUCCUGUCUCAGCCUUCUAAAUGCUAGGAUUACAGGGCUGCUCUGCUACACCUGACUAAAGGUUUUCUGUGAGCACUGCUAGUUAAUAGUGUGAGGUCCCGAGUCGGACAGAAUGCUGGCGUAGAAAAUCCUGACUAAGUGAUCACCGCAAAACUGACUUUUUGGCUGAAUCUAAGGCACAUGCCUUUUAAAAUGUAAUUUAAAUUUAGUGAUUAAAAAUCUCCCACUUCCACCCCAGAAAUAUUUUUCUUUUUGGCUCCUCCUCAGGAAACCUUAUUAGAUUCCCAGCACUUACACUGGUGGGCUCUACAAGAGCAACACGCAUUGAAUUAAGUUAACGAAUGAGCCGUCUCUGCAGUCCCAGGUGGAAUAACGUUUUUAGAAGUUAGUUGAGUUGGCCGGAUAGCCAUGGACCACCUUCAGACCUGACACUGUCUCCUAGCUGGAGUCCCGUUGUUUCUUUCCUGGGUAUGCUUAUCUGGUGCCUUCUUCCUCUGAGGGGUCUGCACCAGUCUCUGGGGACCCUGGAGUUCACAGUGCUUGUCUGAGGUAGUUAUGUUGGAACCAGAAUAAGCCCAGUAGAGUCUCCUCCCUCCCCUCCUCCCUCCCUUUCUCCCUCCCCUUGUGUUUGUUUCUGUGUGUGGUCUCCUAUGCAAUUAUGUGUUCACAAGAGAGAAACUCGUGAUGGAUGGAGUGUUCUCAUAGAUUUCUGUCUCUCCAGAUACAUUAUCUGUUCAUUCUAUGUAAUCUAAAAGUUUUAUGACAGACAUAUUAGCUUAGCAUGUGUCCCUUUCAGGCACAUUUUUGUUCGUAUACAACUCAAAGCAUACUAUUUAAAGAAUGAAGAGGAAGGAACACUGGAAUUUUGGCAUUUGCUGCUAGCAGCCUGGACCUCUCACCCAGAGCAGAAAGUAUAAAUGUAAGUCCAGAGCAGUCCUAUUUCAGAUCGUUUCAAAAUUCUAACCACUGAAAUUUAGUGACACAUGGUAUUUCCAGCCCUAUAUGAAGCAUAGACCCCUGUUUACUGGGUGCUCUUUGUUCUAACCCUCUUAAACCUGGACUACCUCAGGCUUUACCCUGCAGAGCUUGAAAUUAAUGUGUGUGUGUGUGUGUGUGUGUGUGUAUGUAAGUGUAAGUGUAAGGACAAGGUAUAUACCACCCUUAAUGGUAGUUGCCGAUCACAUGCGGCUCCUUGAGUACACUGAACAGACCUAUCCGAAAUGUGAUGUAUCGUGAGUAUAAAAUACAUGCUUCACAGACUGCGAAGAGAGAAUGGGGAGUGUUUCAUUGAUUAUUUUGUAUUGAUUAUCCGUAAUAUAAUUUUAGUUAUGUGCAGUUAAAUAAGUUAAUAUUAUUACUAUCAUUCUUUUAGAUUUUGGGGUCAGUUCUCUUUCUUUACUCAGGGUGGAUUUGAACUUAUUGUGCAGUCUAGGCUGGCCUCAAAUUUGAGGCUAAUCUCUUACCUCACUUUCUGGAGUACCAGGAUUUCAGAUGUAAAUUUACAUUCCUAUUCCCUCCUUCUCUCCCUUCUUUUCUCCUGCCCUCCCUCCCUUCUUCCCUACCUUCUGUGACUACAAGACAGUUCAGACUUAUAAACACACAGUUUUUGCCCUAUGGCCUUUUCCUUUGUUCCGUGAUAUUCUAGGUCUCGCUAUACUUGAUGGUGAGAGAGAAUUAGUCUGUUUGCCAGGCCGUGGUAAAGCACAAACAUGAAUGUAGGCAGUGGAGGUCUGUUUUUACGACUCUUGUGCCUCCUAAGUCCAUGUUUACUGCUCAUGCCAGCAUCUUUGGUGUAAUGAUUAGAGGUUGCCUUUGCCAGUCACUGAUACGUCAACUGAUACAAUCUACAGACAUUUUGGAGAGAAAAAUGCCCCUAAUAGAUUGGCCUGUGGUCCGUUUCUUGUUUGAUGAUUAAUGUAGAAGAGCCCCUUUCUAUUUGUGGGUGGUGCCACCCCUGAGCUGGGGUCCUGUUCUUGGAAACCUUCAGUGAAGAAACUGCUUGGACUUUUGCGUAGAAACAUUAUGGAACAUAUUGGGCUCUCUAUUGGCCACAUAGCAAUGGCAGAGGACAGGAGCUGGAGAGAGGAUCUACUCUAUCACCAAUGAGAAGGGUGAGCCUGCUCGGAGAGCCUGGCUUUAGUCACAGACACACCUCAGGUCAUGCUUAGGAUGUGACAGGUCAAAAGAUCACCAGGGAAAGUGGCUGCUGUUUAACAGGAUCCCGUCUGGACAUCUGGCCUCUCUUCCUGUAUACUAUUGAUUAUUAUAUAGCCUGCAAUACUAACAGAGGCAUUAUUAUAGCGUGUGAUUAUUAUUAUAUUAUGUGUAAGCUGUUGUUAUAGCUUUCUGGAAUAUGAUGGGCUGGAUGACUCUGACCAUUGAUUGAUUCUCAUUUGCUCAUCUCAGUGCCCCAGGGGAUAGAUGCUCAGAUUCCUGUUUUUCAGGCACAGGCAGUCAGUUAGGUGGUAUAGCCUGAGAGUGUGCAGAGGUGUCUCUGGAGACUAGAUCCACACCACUCAUUUUCUCACCUUUGUGUUUCUUGUUUUUUUUUCUCUUCUGUCACCUGUGGAACAUAAACUCUCCUCUGAAGUGACAUUUUCAUUAAGGACACUGGGCCACAUCACUGAGUGCUUUUUAUCCCUCCAGUUUGAGUCAACUGAAGGAUGUCUGGCUUGUCACUGUGGUUUAGUGGGACUUUGACUAUGUGUUUUCUCCUUCAUUGUUUCUUAUGUACAGGUUUCCAAUUUACAAAGUUUAUUGUCAGCACUUGUAAUGCGGGGACAUUGUGUAUCUCUCUUAAAAUGUCAAAAAGACUUAAAUUCAGCAGUGAGUGAGCUCAUCCAAAUGGGCUCGUAGACAGUUUAAUUAAUUCCAUUACUCCACGUCUUAGUCCAUUGAGUUCAGGAUUGAUCUACGUGGUUUUUAACUAGGGCAGUUUGGUCUACAGGGACCACCUCUCCCGUGGUUGUCACAGUCAGGUUUGAGAUGCUAGCACUGUUAGAUGAAAGAUGUGUCUGCACUGGGUAUUAUGCUGGCAGAUGCCCAUAAUCCAGCCCUCCAGGAGCAGGAGGAUUGCUAAGAAUGUCAGGCUAGCCUGGGCUAUAUAUAGUAGACUCUGUUUCAGCACCCCUCCUUCCCAUACUAUCUGUGUAUAGAUCUCAGUAGUGCUGAGGCUGAGGAAUGGUCUGGCAGUGUUCAUGUGACAACUGUCUCUAACCACACAGCAGUGUGUAUCGGGGCACUUGGCUUGCAGUUUCCUGGAACAAUUCUGCUCUCCUGUGAUAGAAACAGCUCCUUCCUGUUUCAGUCUCAUCUGCCCCAGCAGGGGCUGGAGCCUACACCUAAAAGUCUUGUGACCAAGUUGCACUGGAUAAGAAGGUAAAUGUCAGCAUGCUCAUAGGGUGGAAAGACAAGUUUCUGAUUUUCCUGUAUUUGAAAUAAAAGCAUUCUUUACAACAGCCAUGCCUCAAAGACUUAAUGAGAAAGAACAUUAUCUUCUAAUCACCGAUGUUUCCUCUAACGUUCUCAGAGAAAUAGCGUCUGCCUAUGGACUGGAGGGUAUAUCCCCACAUGGUGAAAUGCUAGACUAUGGGUUUCUGCUCACUUAGGACUUCAUCUUCUUGGCUCUUUUAACCCAGACUCUCUUGUGGUAGUCACUGGAGAGCCGUCCUCAUAAAGCUGGCACACAUGCACCUAAAGGUAUUCUAGAACAAUCUGCAUUCCAUAACCCAACACCUUCUUCUUGGACAUCUCUGCAGCCAAGAUCCACAGGCAGAUGAUGAUGUAAAAAAGUCACCUCUGGAAAGUGCCAUCAGGGACAUCUUGUGUGCUUCUGAUUUGUCUUGUGAACAAACAGGGUGUGGAGCUGCCAGUGGGUCCAGUGCCUCACAUUGCCCUCUGACCUGGUACCUGGAUCCGCUUUCUUAUGGCGUCCACAUCGAUCAAAUCUGUCUCAGAGUGCUUCAGACCUCACAGAGCAAGUACUGGAGACCUGUCAUCUUGACCUGCCUGCAACAUAUAGGUGCAGGCUGGCCUCAAACUAUCGUAGCUGAGGCUAGGAUUCCUGGUGUUGUUCAACCACAUCCAGUUUAUGCAGUGCUGAGGAUCAAGUCCAGUGCAAUGCUGGCUAGACAGCACUCUGCUGAGUUACACCCCAAGCCGAAUAAUACCGACCCCCCCCCCUUUUUUUUAAAGGUCCCAUGUGCUUAGGCAGAGCAUCAAGGCAUCUGAAGUGUGUGGUUUGGGAUGAAGGAGAGACAGAGACUUAUCCACAGUGUAGCUAAGUAAACAUUUCCCCCUAAGCUUUCAGAACUUCCUAAGAUAGCGCCAGCUAUGGGCCAAAGCAUUCAACACAUACUUUGUAUUCUAACCACUAUCCUGGCUACUGUAUUUAUGCUUUUUAUUUUUGUUGUGUUAGUUAUUAUACUAAUGGUUUCAUUCACAUAGCGCUCUCUGGAAUCUAGAGGCCAAUCUCAGAUGUCUUCCAGCAGCUGGCUAACUUGUUCCUGAUACAGCUUCUCUCACUUACCUGGAACUAGCCGAGAAGAAUAGGCUGGCUUCAGAGACGCCUUCAGCCCCGACUUCCCAGAGCUGGGAUUACCAGUACACCACAAUGUCUAGUGUAUGUGGUAUGAGAAUCAAGCUUAGAUCCUCACACUUAGACAGCAGGCACUUUACUUCUGAGCUGUUGUCCCAGGCUCCUUGAACCAUAUUUCACGCCACAACUCAGUAGUAUUAGUAUGUUCUCACUGCUGGCCAUAGAUCUGAACUUUCUCAUCUUGUCUGUGGAAUACAUUUUAUGGCUGAAUAGGGUGACCCAUGUCUUUGUAAUAUUCUUGCCUGCUUCUUGUGUUUCUUGAUUCUCACUUAGUACGAGGACCAGAUUUCCUAUUCCUGUGGGACAGCUGGUAAGUGAGUUCGCUUCAGUAGGAUUAGACCAUGCAAGCUUACUAAGUGGGGUUCAAAGUAGAGGUCAAUUUUAAUGAGUCAGGGAGGACUAAGGAUUCUUGGUUGCAGGGAGUCAACUUCACUAGGCAUCAACAUAUUCUCUGAUCAUAUUCUUACACAGGGCUGGCAGGAGCAGCAUGCAAAGGCGUCUUUCCUAGCACCCAUUCUUCCCUCUUCCCUCCAUAUUCCCCUAAGGAUUCUCUAGUCCUGAACACACCUGGCUCCAUGCUCUUAUCUCAAGGGGGCUGCAGCCUGGCAGACUUCUUCAGCCCAUGAAUUCAGUGGUCAUCAGCCUGGAGCCCUGGCUACCUGCCUGCCUGGCCACACACCUACUCGGGAAGGGUGCUUUCUCCUCAGGCUUUAGGAUGUGGUAUAGGAGAGUGAGGUUCUUCCUGGAUCCUUUGACCGUGUCUUAGAUCCUCCUGCCUCUACCUCCUGAGUACUGGGAUUAAACAUGAGCGCCACCAUGUCUGCCUGGCCACUGACUUUAUAGAUAGGUUGUGGCUCUCACUGCAGAAUAACUACUUCAGUGGGCUUUUUAGGGCUGUGAUAGAUACUUUGUUUUAAGAGUGCUUUAUUUUUUGUGUGUGUCAGCCUAAAACAUUAUUGUCAGUUACUUGAAUUUUUUCCAAAGGGGUUCGCCUCUAGAAUGAAACAGAUGAAACUGGUUACAUGGGAUUUUCCAGUGGGGACUGGUGGUGGUGAGAUUGCUUGUGCUUUACAAUCAAGAUAGCAGCAUUGAGGACAUAACUCAGACCACAGCACUUGUGGCUUGUGGCAUUACUAUUUUAGCUAAGGGGAAGCCUUCAAAAGCUGGUUUUGGUCCACAAUGACUUAAAGGCAAGUUUCCUAAUGCAGGGAGGCCAAUGAUGCAAGAUUUUUGUUGCUUCUUAAGGGAGGGAUGCUUUGUGACAAAUAGUUGAUAAAUCAAGUAAAGGAAUGGCCAUUUCAGCAAUGUUCAUGAAGGUGGAGGGAUGUGGUUUGGUGGCCAUAUUGUCUUUGACUGAAUGGUUCUAGUUGCUUUGAAUUUCUAGGUGGCUCCCCUUCAGUGUUUCAGGUCCUCUCUCUGAGCCUCAGUCAGUCUAACUGAGCUGAUUGUAAGCUUUGGGCUCAAAAACACAGGCUGACAUGCAGCUCCCCCCCAUACCCUCCACUUUGUCUGUAUAAGGCCUUCCACAGAAGGGCCUUCCAUGUGGCAGAGGGGAAUUCUAGUUGUCAGCUUGAUUGGUUUCACAAAUGCUGAGGGCUCAGGGGGUCUCUCCCCUGGGGGUGUCUGUGAAGGUGUUUCCAGGGAAGAUUAACUGGGGAAGGAGGACAUAUCCUGAAUGUGGCGAGGGUCCCAGGCUGAAUCAAAAUGGAAGGAGAAAAGCAUUUGCAUGCUGCCAUGUCCUUCUCUGCUUCCCGGUCUGGGAACAUUUGAGCAGGAAGUCUUAUACUCUGCCGCCUUGCCUUCUCUGCCAUAAUGGAUGCCUUCAAGCCAGGAAAAGCCUUCCUUUCUCAGUUUGUUACUUGUCAUAGGAGGCAUUAUAAUUGCAUCUUGUUGCUGGUCAUGUUAGACAGUAGAUAGCAAGUGGCAAUAGGGAGCUUUUGUUUGCCUUGUCAUUUGUCAUCUAUGAGGUGAGGCCCUACAAAAAGGCCCUCAUCCAACCAGACACAGGCAUCUUGAGCUUCAAAUUGCCUCUACGAGAUAAGACUCUCUCACACAGGCCAGAAAUGGAAGCCUAAAGACUUUCACUGCCUGUUAUGAACAGACACAUUUUGAGACGUGAGGCUGGAAUCUUUUUUUUUUUUUUUCUUUUUUUCGGAGCUGGGGACCGAACCCAGGGCCUUUUGCUUGCUAGGCAAGCGCUCUACCACUGAGCUAAAUCCCCAACCCCGAGGCUGGAAUCUUUUAAGUGGCCUACAGCAAGGCAGUGAUCUACAAUGGCAAGACAGGGAAUCAACUUCUCAAUCAAUACCCUGCUUGCUAAUGAGCAAUUUGAAGUCAAAUGUGUUAUCCUAUAAACUGGCCCUGGACUCAAAGCCACAUACAAAGGUAUUUAUCACAGGGAAGACUUUGUCUGGGCUCUAGCUCCUUUCAGCUUCCUGGCCUGUGGUUUGUGUUUGGAAUUUGAGAGGAGACACACUCUGAUGACCUUCUAAAGUAAAGAAGACUCAAGAAACUCAAGUAGGAAUCUUUUCCUAUGGGCUCCCUCAUGUGCUCAGUAGGGGUACCCCAGAGGGCAGCUUGGGGGCAUUUUUCUGAUUUCUGAAUCUGAGGGCAUUGCUUCCUUUAGGAGUGCUCAGUUUAGUUGUUAGUAUUUCUUUCCUACUGUGCAAAUAGAAGGUUGCUGAGUGGCAUAGUCGGUUAACAAAAAUGACAGUGUUUUGUCUGAAAUGUAAAGGAAAGUUGAAAUGUUUGACUUGGUUUCUUAGAACUUAGAAUUAUUGGCCUAACGAGCAAUGCUAGAACUUCUAGUGAUGUGUGGCAGAGCCUGUCACCUUUGCACCUGCACCUUGUCCAAUGGAGAUUGCUAGACAGGCCUCAUUCUAAGUGAGAGAAUCAGUUCAAGGUCAGCCUUGGCUGUGUAGCCUGUAUAGCAGCUUUGGGGUUAGCCUGGGGAACAUGAGACCCUGCCUCAACAAAACAAAACAAAACAGCAAAACAACAGGAUUUCUAUUCCUGCACAAACAUCAUGAUCAAGAAGCAGGUUGGGGAGGAAAGGGUUUAUUCAGCUUGCACUUCCACAUUGCUGUUCAUCACCAAAGAAAGUCAGGUCUGGAACUCAAGCCGGUCAGGAAGCAGGAGCUGAUGCAGAGGCCAUGGAGGGAUGCUACUUACUGGCUUGCUCCCCUUGCCUUGUUCAGCUUGCUUUCUUAAAGAACUCAGAACUACUAGCCCAGGGACAACACCACCCACAAUGGACUGGGCCCUUCCCCCUGUAAGAAAAUGCCUUACAGCUGGGUCUCAUGGAGGCAUUUCCUCAAGGGAGGCUCCUUUCUCUGUGAUAACUCCAGUUCUGUCAAGUUGACACUCAAAACCAGUCAGUACAAAAACUGAAAAGGAGGAAAAAAGAAAGAGAGAGAGAGAAAAAAAAUGACCGUUCUGCUUUCUUGAGGGUGAGGGAGGGCCUUGUGGUACAUUGUAUCCCUUUGUUCCAGUCUUGCACUCACUGGCUUUCACACCUUCCGGGAAUGUGCAGUUUUGUUAAUAGAACCAUGGAUUAGGAACAGAGAUACCUGGACUUUUCCUGCUUGCCAGGGAAUUGGAUAGUCUCUGUGAAUGACCAGAGAGGGAUGAAGGGAAGGCUCUGUCUUUGUAAUAAGAGAUAUCACAGAGGAAGGAUGGGGAAGUUAAGGUAUCUGAGUUCUGCAAGGAGAACGUCCCCAGAAGGUCCAGAAGUGAAGCAGGUAGGUGUCCAGUUUCCUACUGACCUUUGCAGGUGCUGAAACCCAGGCCUUCUGAAUGAUGGGCAAGUUCUCUGCCUCUGAAUCACAGGCCUGCCCUCUGUUGCAGAGCUGGGGCCAGUGGAGGAAAGGAAGAGGGCAGCAGUGUGUGUGUGUGUGUGUGUGUGUGUGUGUGUGUGUGUGUGUGUGUGUGUGUGUGUGAAUGAAUAAGAAUGACAUCUAAUGAUACAUGCAUAGAAUGCCGUCAUGAAACACACGACUUUGUGUGCUAACUAAAAGAAAUUAAUUUAAAAAAAAAAGAAAGAAGAGAUCAGAAAUUUCUAGCCCAAAGCACAGAAGCUGCAAUCAAUUUCAAAGGAAGCUGAGUUUUGGCAGAUCAGUUUUUUACCAUUUGUGCCUCUUAUUAUGACACAAAUACUGCCUGUCAGUACUUGACAUGUGUUAUAUAUUCAGGAAUUAAUAAGGGCUGGAAAGCCAAGAAGGGAGUGUGUAUUUCAUGACUACAUUUUUGUUUGUUUGUUUGAGGCAAGUAGACCUUAAACAUGUUUGGCUGAGGCUGCUCUUAAAUCUCUGAUCCUCCUGCCUCCACCACCCAGAUGCUCCCAGGGUCACAGCAUAUACCACCAUGCCUGGCCUGAUUGCUUCUUUUUUAAUCAUAGAACCCUUUACCUUUUUAUGGGCAACAUGGUAUUAAAAGUUGGCUAUCCAUUACACAAUAGGUUAUCGAGAGCUAAGGGAAUCACUCUGGUGUUUGUACUAAACUUGGUUCUACUCUCCUGUCAAAAGGAGGGUUUCACAGAUUCUCCUGCUUCAGGCUUCAGAGUUGAGAUAACUUUUGUUUUGGAUAUGUAGAUAGUUGGCUGCUAAAUUUGUCAAGAUUUGUCCUGAUUUGCUGCUCUUAGGUUGACUAUUCUUAGAACUAGUCCUAGCAAAUGACUCUGAAUUUAAUAAUUCACUUUUAUUGUGUGUAAAUUUGUGAUAUGGCUGCAUGUUUGUCUGUGUGAGUGUGUCAGAUCCCUUGGAACAAGAGUUAAAGACAGUUGUGAGCUGCCAUGUGGGUGUUAAAAAUUAAACCUGAGUCCUUUGGAAGAGCAGCCAACACUCUUAACUGAUGAGCCAUCUCUUUGGCCUGACUCUGACUUUAGAAAGUAGCUCAGUGGGUAGAGAAAAUAUUUUUGCCAGGGUACUAGAUUGUUUUUCUUGAUUGCACAUUUGUCCAUUGUGUGCUAACGAGAGAGGAAGGUAGAGAUGCUAAAAUACAGCUGUUCUAGUUAUUGUGUUCAAGAGGAAGAGGGGUUUGGUAUGAGGGUGGGGCUGAGGAUGGCUGCCCUGAGAUCACUCUUACAUCAUCAUACCAGCUCACCUGCGGGUCAUGUGGGGAUGUGCAGGUGGCCCACCCACACAAGCUGGUCCUUGUAUAGCUGGGGUGCCAGGGAAGUCUUGAAGGGGAAGUGAAUUCAAUUGCUGUUUGAAACUGUCUUGCUUUCUGUCUUUCCCAAGGCUGUGUUCUCCUGCCUGGGUGGUGGACCUGGCUGUGUUUCAGUGCUAGAGACCCCCUUUCCUCUAACCAAAAUUCUAGACUUGGGAGUACUUGCUUGGAUGCCCAUUGAACAAGAUGCUUUGUAGAAGGAUAGAUGGGUGAGGUGACGUUAAUAGAUGCUUAUUUAGUUGGUGCUACCAGAGGAUAUGUGCAGGAUUUUAAUGUUCUGUGAUCCUUCACUUUGGAACAUUUUAAGGACUUAGAGUAUUACUGAGAAUACUUGGGCAAAUAUUGGUUCAGGCCACAAAGUAUUUUUCCCCCUUCCCCCCAGACCCUUCCACAUUGUUGCCCAUGUUUGUCAUUCAUACAGAAAGCUUUGGCCACGGUGGUUAUCCUGAAUGAGGCUUUCCUCAUCAGUUACAUAGGGACCCUUUGCCUUUGUCCUGGCCAUUAGGAAAGUCUAGAAGGCCAUCAUUCUAGAGUCUCAUUAGUGGGAAGUAGGAAAUAGCAGCCUGUUUUGUGGGUGAGAGGAAAACUUGACCAAUAUACUAAGAAUACACGCCCAGCACUUCUUUUUUUUUUUUUUUAAGAUGAUGAGAUUUUCUAAAACACUUAUUUGAGAUAAUUAUAGAUUGAGUUCAUCUGCCAGAAAUAACAUAGUGACCUUGAGUUCGACUCAGUUCCUUCAAGAGUGGCACAUUUAUGGUGACUAAUUUCUAUGUCAACUUGAUUGGAUUAGGAAACCCCCAGAGCCGUAGUGAGACGCUCCUUGGGGUGUGUCUAUUUUCAGAGAGGUUAAAUUGAGGAGGGCAGAGCCAGCCUGGGCAGGAUCAUCCUGUGGGCAGGGAGACCAGAUGGAGUAAAAAUGGAGGGAAAACCACAUCGACUUCUGAAUAAAACCAACCUGCGUGAACUGUAGGUCACGCUGCCUUUCCUGCAGGAUGGGGCUGUAUUCCUGAACAGUUGAGUCAAAACAAACCCUUUCUUUCUUCAGUUGCUUCUCCUAAGGUGUUUGGUUUCUGUAAGGGGAAAGUAACCAGUGCAGUGUCCCAGAGCAACACUAAAGUUUGCACUGAGGAAAUUCACAUCCACGUUGUCAUUGAUCUGCCUCUCGAAUCCUCAGGUUUCUAGAGUACUCUAGUGUGCACUGAGCUCUGUACAACAUUAUCACAAGAAACUCUCGUAGUUACCAUUAAAAACCGCAGAACAGUUCCUUCUCUAGGACCCUGAGUGAUCCUUUUAUAACCAUAACCACUUCUUUCCCCCCGACUUCAGUCCCCAACCCCUGACAACCACUAAUUCUCCAUGUCUAUAAUUGUAUCCUUUCAGGAAGAUUCUAUAAAUAGAACAUGUGGUAUGUAUCUUUUUUUGAGUUCCGUUUCUUAAUAGGCUGGCUAUUUGAAUCUAUUAUUUCCCACCUUUGCCACAGUCCCACAAAUGGAUGAGUUGCCUUUCAUCCCUGAGGCAGUGAAGUUUCUGUCAGUUAGAGGGUCAGGAAGCUGGCAAUCCAGGUAUACCUGACCCUCAGCCUUGCUGCUCUUGCAAAAGACUUUGGUUUAGGUCCUCAGUAGCUACAACCACCUGCAACUCCAGGUCUGGGGAUCUGAUGUUCCCUUCCUCUCUGAAGGCUCCUAGAAUGCAUGUGGUGCACACAAACUUAAAACACACAUGUAAACAUAAAACCAGUAAAAUGUAAUAAAAGGUAGGUAGAUAGUUAUGGCCCCUUCUCUAGGACACGGGAGAACAUCCUGUUGAUAUAUGUCAGCCUAUUACAGGCAUAUUCAGAACAUGCUUCUAGUAGUGACUUCCCAGCGGAAGAUGAUUAGCUUUGGGGAACCCUUUGGGAUGUAAAGAAAAUUAACCACUGGAUUUGGGUAACUGAGCCUUGCAAACUAUCCUAGAAGUGUUUAGACUUCUGCUAAGUCGAAGCCCGCUCUCAGUGUUUGCACAGCCCGCUAUGUAAUUAUACAUGUGAGCAUGCUAUCGUGUUUGCUGCUACACUCUUCAAUUUUGCAGUAGAAGUAUUUUCACUUGUUGGCUGCUACUGUGUAAAUUGGUUUCUCUUGUACAUUGGGAAAACAGUGCCAUUCUCAUAGCAGAGGGCGCAGAUUGGUUCUGUGAUCGAAGCAACCUCUUGGUUUCAAUUCCCUCUGCGUGUUUAUGUGAGUGCUCAGACGGGAAAAUGAAAUAAGUGUUGCCUUAGGGAUGCUUUAGGUGAUGUGUACUUCAGCUACAAAGAACAGUGUGGCCUUUGAGAGCGCUGGACUGGUAGGGUAGGUGCUUGCUGAGCUGGCACAGGUCUGCUCUCUUUGUGGCUGUGCUAACGGUUUGGGAGGGCAGCUGGGAGGAACAACUAGGGCAGUCAUCUGUGGCUGGAAAAGGUGUCCUAAGUUAGGGCUCGCCCUGUGGAGAUUCCAGCACUCAGAGCUGUUUAUGAUGUAACUGUGUUUGUCUUUCCUGUUAGUGGGUUCAGCGUGCAUUAGGAGAUCAGGAGUCAAGGCCUCAAGAAGGAUGAAUCAAAGGCCAGUAUUAUUACUGCAGCAAGGAAGGAAUUCAUAUUUGGGGUUAGUCAACACUUCAGUAGCUCAGUUUUGUCAUCUUUAGAUUUUAUGUCUUCUGUGUCGGCUCCUUACCUUUCUGUCAGCUAGGGAAGAGGUCCAGAGUUCAGUCAUUUGGUGCUUCCUGAUGCUCCCUGGAGGACCUCAGAGGACUGUGUCUUUGAGGGUACUGUUAAACUUAAAUAGCAAACAGAGGUCAGAGAUGGACAAUUUCUGAGAAUGAUCUUGAGGGAAAUAAGUUCAGUGGAGUUCCCUAAAGCACAGCACACUCUUACUAUUUCUUGAAAUAAUUUCCAUUUCCCUGCCCUGGCAAAGCAGGCAAUUGCAAAGAGACUGAAAAAGAAUUGCAAAGCCAUUGGGUUAAAUCCACCCAAUAUGUUGCUUUUAGAACUCUGGAGCAGGCGGUGAAUGCCUCCUAACCAUGCAUAUGAUCAGGGUCCUCAGAUGAAAACCAGGGCAGACAGUCAACACGGGUGACCCAGCCAGGUAGUCGCAGAAAAUGCCAUGUACAAGGACAGCACAUUGGUUUGGCAGUUCCAGGUUUUUCCCAUGGAAACAUUGAAAUCUGAUAACUUUGCUUUUGUGUUCUUUCUUGACACAUUUCAGAAAUGGUUGAAAUACCUAGAUGAGGAUUAUAAUUAUUAUUUUUUUUAAAAUAGAGUUCUUGCUUAGGAACUAUGGUUCACAUUGAACUCCUGGUCCUCUUGUGUUGUCCUCCCAAGUGCUGGGAUUAUAGGUGUGCACCCCUGUACCCAACAGGGUGUAGAGUUAAGGAAAAGUUUACAUUGCUACAACGAUCCUGAAUAUACUUUAAUAUGACAGCUUAGUGUUUGUACACUUACGCUUGUCCUAGACUCAUUUGUUAUCAAAAUAGUUGGACUGGAGAGAUGGCUCAGUGGUUAAGAGCACUGACUGCUCUUCCUGAGGUCCUGAGUUCAAAUCCCAGCAACCACAUGGUGGCUCACAACCAUCUGUAAUGAGAUCUGAUGCCCUCUUCUAGUGUGCCUGAAGACAGCUACAGUGUACUUACAAUAAAUAAAUAAAUAAAUAAAUAAAUAAAUAAAUAAAAAUAUUUAACUGGACAAAAUAUGUUGCGUUGCCUAAUAUAAUGCCUAGAGUGGUAGAAUUACUGAUUCACAGAGAAUUGUCAAUUUAACAAAAUGGUUGUUAGGAAAGCUUUGCUUCCUCCCUCCCAGGGUUUACAAGGAACAGCCUAUGUGGCCUGAUUCUCUGUGAUUUUUGAAUUUAAAUCUGCUCUUAUGAUCAUCUGCCCAUCUGCCACCGAUUUGAUAAAACUGAGGAUUGACCUCAGGACCUCAUUUGUGCCAGCCAAACACUUUAGCACUGAGCUGUUCCCCAGGAUGCUUUGGUCUAUCUUGGGUCCUGUUUUGAGGAUGGGUUCCAGGAAGGGAAUCAGAAUAACUAGGUUUCAGCUCACAGCAUGCUCAGUGCCGUAGACAGCAUUAGAGUGAGGCUUCAUUGUCUCGCCUGCCUCUGGCUCUGCUCUAACACAUCUAUCCAGUUUGCUUCCUUGAAGUUGAUGGCCACACUGUAUUUUGAUUUUCUUUUUCCUCAAGGUCUUUCAUAAAUCACCAUAACUGCUUCUCUUGGAUUCCAUUUGUACUCUCCUUGGAGGCUGCGUGUGUGUGUGUGUGUGUGUGUGUGUGUGUGUGUGUGUGUGUGUGUGUGUAAUACCAGAGCUGCCCACCCCCAUUCCUUCCUAGCCAUCUGUCAGCUCUCCAGUCUCUUGUUCUUCACUGAGCACAGAAGGGAGGUGGAGAAGUCUCUAAGAAGUUGUGGACUCUGUGCCCUGCAGGGAGGAUUGGGUCAUAGUAGCUUCGUUCAUCAGUAAAACCCUUCUAGGGAGGACCGGUUGUGGGUUAAACCCCUACACUCUGAAGUGCCAGAGUUACUUGGGUGUGGAUGUUCUUGUUGGCUUGGAAUUAUUGUCAAGGAGGCUGAAAGGUCCUUGUUUGUGAUGGAGACACAGUGGCUUGCUUUUCUCCCCAUCCCAGAGCUGUAGAAGCUUGCAGCCUUGCAGGAAGCCUGCUUGUUGCAGGAGUUUUUCCUCUGGAUAUGAACCAAGCUGGUACUUUGGAUGUUUCUGCUUCCCAAGAAGGUGUCGAGGCAUUUGCAGUCCUGGCUCUGUUCCUUGUGUGUCCUCUGCUGAGCUGAUUUUUCCUGUCACCUUCUUAAAGUGUAGGGGGCUUUACCUUAGGCCCCCCUCAGCAUGCUGUUACAGUAUGUGCUCAAAACAUACCAGGUUCCUACCUCCUUCCAAGUGCACUAGAAGUCGGGGAACAUAUCCACAGGAAUUAAGCACCGGAAACUAGCUCAAUAGGGGACCUUCUUCAUGCUUUGACAAGUGAAUAUUUUUAUUUCAGAUCUGGGAACUCUGCAGUUUCUGCUUCCCCACCCCCCAUUCCCCAUCCCCCAGCUCUCUUGCAGCUAGAGGCAAGAGGGGGAAGGUGAAGGAAGGAAGGGGUUUCUUGGGUUGCUUGUGCUCCCACUUCUGUGGGAAAGCUUUAUGACGCACAUCAGCCUGGGGGUGACUGUCCUUUCACCAUUGUUUAUUUUUGAGACUAUAUUUAGUUGUCAACUGUGAAAACAUAGAUGGCUUCAGUAGUAAAGGAAAAUGAAUGGGAAGUAAUUGUGAACGUCUGCCUGGCAUGAUUACUUGUGGAAGUGAAAUUACAGUGUGCAUUUUGCUUCUUGUGUUUGCUGUUUGGGUACCAUUCUGAAGGAGUUUCCUAACCCGUGCAUUUGUGUGGCUUACAGAAUGCUGUGGGGUCUUUUCUGUAAGCCUGAUGUGACAGUGCAUCUUACAAUCACAGCAGUUGGGAGGCUGAGGCAGAUGCCCACAAGCUUGAGGCCAAUCAGUGGGCUUCUUAGCCCACAAAGCCACACAACACAACCCUAUCUGGGAAGAGAAAAAAAAAAAAGUGGGAAAAUGAAAGGAAGCUAGUAUAGCCAGGUUUGUUCGUUUGUCUGCCUUUGUUCACUAAGCAGGCAUUACUGUAUGCCUUCAGGGCAAGGUAGUAUGUUGAUGUGCUUUGGACUCAAACAGACUCUGGUGGGCACUCUGGUUCAGCCACUUUUAGAUCUGGGAACUGUGCAGUUUCUGCCCCACCUCUCCCAGCUCUCUUGCAGCUAGAGGCAGGAGGGGGGAAGGUGAAGGAAGGAAAAGGGCUUUUUGGAUUCCCUUGUGUUCCCAGUUCUGUGGGAAAAACUUUAUGACACACAUCAGCCUGGAGCUGAAGAAAGGCCUCGUGGUUAGUGAAUAUCCUGUCUGAGGGAAGGACUGCUUUUAGAACUAAGAUAAUGUUUGUGGGGAUUGCCUAGCCAUAGUUGCUAUUAGUGUGAUUAUUGGAUUUAUUGAAUUGAGAACCCAAAAAGUAAAUGUGUUGAGUCCUGACUUUUUGGAUCUUUCAGACCAUAAGGUUGUGUCUGAGACAGAGGUGGAGUUGGGGGUGGGGCAGUGGGGAUGUCAGGGGUAUCCACUUCCUGUGGUCUGGUGGGAGGGACUUUCUGGAGGCAUUGAGAUUAAAGCUGUCACACUAUUUAUGGCCUAGGAGCACCAUCAGCUUCUUUGUGAAUGGCCCACGUGCAGUGGUGCAUUUUUCCACAUCUGGGAUUUGGAAAGGACCUUAAAGGAUAUAGGCUUUUAGAGAGGUGGAAGGUGGACACUCUUGGUUUGGUGGGACUAAACAAGGUUCUGCAGAGCAUGUGAGGUCUCCCAGUGGUGGGAGAGACUUCGGCCUGGAGCAAGUGAGUAAGGGGCUGGCUUCAUGGCUAGCUUCUUUCUCCCCACUGCAGGGUUCCUUUUUGUUACCUGCUUAGGAAUUUACUCUUCUUAAUUCAUUUUGGAGGUACUAUCGUUGGAUCUAAGUCGACAUUUUAAGUGUGUUUUGGUAUAAUCUUGGUAGAUCUCAAUUGUGAAGUAAAACUGGAAAAAUCAGUAGAAAAGAACAGGUUUGGUUAUCCUGUAAAAUUACCUAUAGUUAGUACAUCCUCUAAGUUAUUCACAAGACACAAUAUUGGUCUUGCCCCAUGCAAGCAUUUGCUGUCAGCCUUAAGUUCAACUCCCUGAUUUCACAUGGUGGACUGAGAGACUCCUGACAGUCGUUCUCUGACUUUACAAAUGUGUCAUACCAUGCACAUUCACAUUAAAUUAAAAAAAAAAAAAACCACGUCGCAUUUUAUUAAGUGUUCAGUAUCACAUGAUGCACUGAAACAGAUCUGAAAGCUUUCCUCUAAAGAGGCAGAGAACAAAUAUUGAGACUUGCCAUACAGUUCUGUGGUAUAGACUCGGGCCUGGUGUUCAGUGUACACAAGCAUUAUUCACAGGGACUGGUCACUUUAUAGUGAAAGCUUUAUUUACAGAAUUGGGCCUAUUUAGGUCUCUGAAGUGUUUACUACUCCAAAGGAAAGCUAUUUUGUCAUCAAGAGAAAGUAAGUUGAAAUUAAAAUGGGUUGAAUCACAUGAUAAUUCCACAAAGGCAAAAUGUAGUUAUUUUUACUCCAGCUGUAGUGUGCCUUUGCCAAUGGUUUCAUCUUCAGAGGCGUUAGUUACACAUGGUCCUCUGGGUGUGGAGGUCCAAGUAUCUAAUCUCAGCACUAAGUAGGUAGAGGCAGAAGCAUCAGAACUUCAAGGCCAUACUGGGCUACAUAGUGAGUUUCAGGCCAUCCUGGGGCAUAAGCGUUCUCUUCAGAAACAAACUGAUUUGUCUCAGUCAGAGCUUCUAUUCCUAUACAAACAUUAUGACCAAGAAGCAAGUUGGGGAGGAAAGGGUUUAUUCAGCUUACACAUUCACAUUGCUGUUUAUCACCAAAGGAAGUCAGUACUGGAACUCAAGCAGGGCAGGAAGCAGGAGCUGAUGCAGAGGCCAUGAGAGAUGCUACUUACUGGCUUGCUUCCCCUGGCUUGUUCUGCUUGCUUUCUUAUAGAACCCAGGACUACCAGCCCAGGGAUGGCACCACCCACAGUGGGGGCUGGGGACCGAACCCAGGACCUUGCGCUUCCUAGGCAAGCGCUCUACCACUGAGCCAAAUCCCCAACCAAACUUUUUUUUUUUUUUUUUUUUUUUUUGGGUCCUCCAUCUUGAUCAUUAAUUGAGAAAAUGCCUUACAGCUGGGUCUCAUGAAGGCAUUUCCUCAAGGGAGGCUCCUUUCUCUGUGAUAACUUCAGCUUGUGUCAGUUGACACACAAAACCAGCCGGUGCACUCAUUGACUUAUUUUUUUCUUUUUUUUUUUUAAAAAGGUACAUUUAGUUAUCAGUGAUUAUCUGUAGUUCAACUGGAAAAAUCCGGAAAAAAAAAAACAAACCCUUCAUUUAAAAUUGCGUGUCAUUCUGCAUAGAGGGGCAUUCUGUGACUCUGUCCUCCCUUCCCUUCCUUCCUCAUUUGUCUUCACUCCUCCCCUUUUGGAGACAUGUUCCCCGGUACCUCAGGCUGGCUCUUGUGCUCACAGUAUAGCUGAGGAUUACCUUACACUCUGAUCCUGGACUUGCUGAGUGCUGAAUUCACAGGUGCUCACAUCAUGCCGAGCUUUCCUCCUGUCAGCACGCAUCCCCACCAAGCUCGAGUUAACCUUCAGCUAUCUAGAGAUUCAUGGAGUCAUCUGCCACAAACCUACUCAGAUGGUUGUGGAAACUGAGAAGUGUAACGUGUCCAUGAAGAUGGCGUCACUGGAGGAUGCGAGUGAUGUGCUGGCUCACAUAGGCACCUGCUUACGGAGGAUAUUUCCGGGCCUUUCCCCACUGAGAAUCAUGAAGAAAGUCUCCAUGGAGCCAUCUGAGCGCCUGGCCAGUCUCCAGGCCCUGUGGGACAGCCAGACCUUGGCUGAGCCAGGCCCCUGUGGUGGGUUUUCUCAGAUGUAUGCCUGUGUAUGCGACUGGCUGGGAUUUUCGUACAGGGAAGAAGUGCAGUGGGAUGUGGAUACAAUUUAUCUGACACAAGAUACCAGGGAAUUAAAUUUACAAGACUUCAGUCAUCUCGAGCACAGAGACCUGAUUCCCAUCAUCGCUGCCCUGGAAUAUAACCAAUGGUUCACCAAACUGUCCUCCAAGGAUCUCAAGCUGUCCACGGAUGUCUGUGAACAGAUCUUGAGGGUGGUGAGUAGGUCCAAUCUACUGGAAGAGUUGGUGUUGGAAAAUGCUGGACUCAGAACAGAUUUUGCACAGAAAUUGGCCAGUGCUCUAGCACACAAUCCUAACUCAGGACUUCACACAAUCAACCUUGCUGGGAACCCGCUGGAGGAUCGAGGCGUGUCCUCCUUAAGUAUUCAAUUUGCCAAACUCCCAAAGGGAUUGAAGCAUUUGAACCUGUCUAAAACCUCAUUGUCACCUAAAGGGGUGAAUAGCCUUUGUCAGUCCCUCAGUGCCAACCCUCUGACUGCCUCUACCCUCACCCACCUGGACCUCUCAGGGAAUGUCCUCCGAGGAGAUGACCUCUCACACAUGUACAAUUUUUUGGCCCAGCCCAACACCAUUGUUCAUCUGGAUCUGUCUAAUACUGAAUGUUCUCUGGAGAUGGUGUGUAGUGCUCUCCUCCGGGGAUGCCUUCAGUGUCUGGCCGUGCUCAAUCUCUCCAGGUCUGUCUUCUCUCACAGGAAAGGAAAGGAAGUCCCUCCGUCUUUCAAGCAGUUUUUCAGCAGUUCUCUGGCUUUGAUCCAAAUCAAUCUUUCAGGCACAAAACUGUCUCCCGAGCCCUUGAAGGCAUUGCUCCUGGGCCUGGCCUGCAAUCAUAGUUUGAAGGGAGUCUCUCUGGAUCUCAGCAAUUGUGAGCUGAGGUCCGGAGGAGCUCAAGUGUUAGAAGGCUGUAUCGCUGAAAUCCACAACAUCACCAGCUUAGAUAUCUCUGACAACGGUUUAGAAUCUGACCUAUCUACCCUGAUUGUGUGGCUCAGUAGAAACAGAUCAAUACAGCACCUGGCGUUAGGCAAAAAUUUUAACAAUAUGAAAUCCAAAAAUCUGACGCCUGUGUUGGACAACUUAGUGCAGAUGAUCCAAGAUGAAGACUCUCCUCUGCAGUCCUUGUCCCUGGCUGACUCAAAACUCAAGACUGAAGUCACCAUCAUCAUCAAUGCCUUGGGCAGCAACACCUCCCUGACCAAAGUGGACAUCAGUGGGAAUAGCAUGGGGGACAUGGGAGCGAAGAUGCUGGCUAAGGCUCUACAGAUCAACACCAAACUCAGGACAGUCAUCUGGGACAAAAACAACAUUACUGCACAAGGCUUCCAAGACAUAGCCGUUGCUAUGGAAAAGAACUACACACUGAGAUUUAUGCCAAUUCCAAUGUAUGAUGCUUCUCAAGCUCUUAAAACAAGCCCUGAGAAGACAGAAGAGGCUCUGCAGAAGAUAGAAAAUUAUCUGCUCCGGAAUCACGAGACCAGGAAAUACCUUCAGGAGCAGGCCUACCGCCUCCAGCAAGGCAUUGUCACCAGCACCACCCAGCAGAUGAUUGACCGGAUAUGUGUGAAGGUUCAGGAUCACCUCAACUCCUUACGAGCCUGUGGGGGGGAUGCUAUUCAGGAGGAUUUAAAGGCAGCAGAGCGGCUCAUGCGAGAUGCUAAGAAUUCUAAAACGUUGUUACCAAAUUUAUACCAUGUGGGCGGAGCAUCAUGGGCAGGAGCCAGUGGGCUGUCAUCCAGUCCCAUUCAGGAGAUCCUGGAGUCAAUGGCCGGAGAAGUCACAAGAGUUGUGGAUGAACAACUGAAGGGUUUGCUAGAAUCUAUGGUGGAUGCGGCCGAGAACCUCUGCCCCAAUGUCAUGAGAAAAGCCCACAUCCGACAAGACCUGAUCCACGCCAGCACCGAAAAGAUUUCCAUUCCACGAACCUUUGUUAAAAAUGUCCUGUUGGAACAGUCUGGAAUUGACAUUCUUAACAAAAUUAGUGAGGUGAAGCUGACAGUGGCCUCGUUCUUGUCUGACCGAAUCGUAGAUGAGAUCCUGGAUUCUCUCUCCAACAGCCAUCGGAAGCUGGCCAACCAUUUCAGCAGGCUAAGCAAGAGCCUUCCCCAGCGAGAGGACCUAGAGGUGGAGCUGGUGGAGGAAAAGCCGGUGAAACGGGCCAUACUUACGGUUGAGGAUCUCACUGAGGUGGAGAAGCUGGAAGACCUAGACACUUGUAUGACUCUCUGCUGUACAAGUAUGACUCCUAAGUCCAAGAGGAAGAGCAUCCACAGCCGAAUGCUGCGGCCUGUCUCCAGGGCCUUUGAAAUGGAGUUUGAUCUUGAUAAAGCCCUGGAAGAGGUGCCGAUUCACAUCGAAGACCCGCCUUUCCCAUCAGUCCGGCAGGAGAAGCGAAGCUCGGGCUUGAUCUCUGAGCUGCCCUCAGAGGAAGGCAGGAGACUGGAACACUUCACCAAGUUAAGGCCCAAGAGGAACAAGAAGCAGCAACCUACACAAGCAGCGGUCUGUAGCAUCAACAUCAUCCCCCAUGAUGGAGAACAGAAUGGCCUCAUGGGCAGAGUGGAUGAAGGUGUAGAUGAAUUUUUCACCAAGAAGGUGACUAAAAUGGAUUGCAAGAGGUCAUCCACGCGCUGUUCAGAUACCCACGACCUCGUAGAAGGAGAUGAGAAGAAAAAACGGGAUUCUCGGAGAAGUGGCUUUCUCAACCUAAUUAAAUCCAGGUCCAGAUCUGAGCGGCCGCCCACGGUCCUGAUGACAGAAGAGCUCUCCUCCCCGAAAGGGGCAGUCCGGAGCCCACCAGUGGAUACCGCCAGGAAGGAGAUAAAGGCAGCUGAGCACAAUGGUGCUCCAGAACGCACAGAGGAGAUGAGGACACCGGAGCCCCUGGAGGAGGGUCUAGCAGAGGAAGCUGGCAGGGCUGAGCGCAGUGACAGCAGGGGCAGCCCACAGGGUGGCCGGCGCUAUGUGCAGGUGAUGGGCAGCGGGCUGCUGGCGGAGAUGAAGGCUAAACAGGAGCGGAGAGCAGCAUGUGCGCAGAAGAAGCUUGGCAACGAUGUCAUCUCCCAGGAUCCCUCCAGCCCAGUCAUGAGCAACACAGAGCGAUUAGAUGGAGGGGCAACAGUGCCUAAACUGCAACCAGGUCUUCCAGAGGCCCGCUUUGGUUUGGGAACACCAGAAAAGAAUGCCAAAGCUGAACCCAGGGUGGAUGGAGGCUGCAGGUCCCGAAACUCCUCCAGCAUGCCCACCAGCCCGAAGCCCCUCCUUCAGUCCCCUAAGCCCAGCCCUGCAGCCCGGCCGUCUAUCCCUCAGAAGCCAAGAACUGCCUCCAAACCUGAAGAUACCCCAGACUCUCCAUCUGGUCCUAGUUCCCCUAAAGUUGCCCUUCUUCCACCCAUCCUCAAAAAAGUCUCCUUGGACAAAGAGCGUGAUGACCAGAGCAGCUCACAGUCCAGUCCUAGGACCUUCUCCCAGGAAGUAGUGCAGAGAGGAGAUCAUUUCAAAAGGCAUUCAGAUCAUGACAAGCCUUCCAGUAGAGGGAAAAGAUCUUCAAAACUCUGCUUCGCCAUUGCGGAAGAGGAAGUGAAUGCACCUGGGUACAGGAAGUCACAGCCAACAAAUGUCUCAAGGAGAAGCUGGGGCCCAGCCCAGGAGUAUCAAGAACAAAAGCAACGGAACUUGGGCAAAGAUGGUCACCAGGGGAGCAAAUCCAGUGACUCUGGAGAAGAGGCAGAAAAAGAGUUUAUUUUUGUGUAAUAUAAUGGUGCCCACCCCAAGCCUUCCCAUGCAAGGUGCUCUCUGCAGCCCUCAGAUGCAGGGUUCUCUCUGCGGCCCUCAGAGCUGGGAGCAGUGCCUCUUGUCUCUUCUCUUGGUGCUUUCUUCUUUUUCUCCUUUUCUUCUUUUUCUUAUACCUCUAUAUUAAAACAAAUUUUUGGUCUUCUCCCCUUCUUGGCAUUUGAUUUCUAAACAUUGUUUCUUAUGCCUUCAACAAAAAGCCAGCAAUUAUUCCAUGGGCCCUACUUGAAUUUCUCUAAGGCAGCUACACAUUGCCCUGCACGGUGAGUUGUUUUUGGAAAUUAAUGAAGUAACUGGACUCACACCCAAGUAACUAUCCAGGAGAUCCUGGAGUGCUACAGGGUGUGUUUGUGUCAGACCCACACAUGACUCAAUAUAGCAAUUUAUUCUUGAUGUAUGCAAUUGCACAUUGUAAUUAUAUUAACAGCACACUAAUAAAUAAUUUGUAUAAAUUAUAUAUAUAUUAGAUCUUGGGCACUGUUCUUAACAUUCUUUUGUGGGACAUUUCCUUCCCCAUGUAGAAUUGUACAUUUAAAGCUUGUUUGGUAAUAUUUGCAGACCAUCAGCAAGCACAGCUAAGAACAGAGUGUGUGAAGCCCAGAUUCAUGUAUAUAGUUGAUUGGAAUGAGGUCUUAUGAAUAUUCAUGUUUUUGAAGGCCUUUAAUUUCUGUCUGCUUAUUAGUUUUUAAUGUGUGGUUUUUAAAAGAAAAUGUUGGCACCUGUAAAAAAAAAUCUAAAUACUACUCUUUAUAAAUCAUCUCACAAAUAUUCACUUACAUUACAAGCUGAAAGUAUUUUAUUCAUAUGUAUAUUUAUACCAAUAAAAUGAUUUUACAAGUGGAA